UAAGAGUCUGAUAAUGUGACUCACCUCCCUCUUGUCUCUGUCGCGCUGCAGCUUGGCUAAUGGCUGGAGAAGCCAUGAUAGGAUCCGCGCUUCCUUGCUCCCUCCAUGUAUCACCCCCGGUCCAGUCUUCGGCAUAAGAUACCGCACACGAUAGGAAUUUGGAAGGGCACGCCCCAUCCCAACCCCUCCUCCUCCAUCGACCAUCAUAUACGCAGCAGCAGCACCGCAAUCCUCCUCUCCUCACACUCAAGUAGAGAGAGAGAGAGGGCGUCCAGACUCCAGUAGAGCCGAAUUGGGGAGGAAAUAAGGAGAAGAAAAAGGCGGCAAGCUUUGGGGCGAUGCCGGAGGGAAACCCUCGAAAUCCUACGGCAAUGGAGAGGAGGGAGAUGGAAACUUUCAGAUCCUUCAGGAUGGAUCGUAACUCCCCCGAGGCCGCCAAGCUCCGCGACGCCGUCUCCCGGAAGCUGUUCGACUUCCUCGGCACCUACUCCGACGACGUCCUCGCGGAAUACAUUGUAGUGCUUGUUUGCAAUGGCAAACAUCAGAAUCAGGCACAGGAUGACCUGGAGGCAUUUCUUGGGGAUGAGAGUGCAAAAUUUGUGGCAUGGCUCUGGGAUUAUCUCUAUAAGGAAGUAAGUAUUUUGAGAUCACCUCUUGACUCUUCAAACCUUAAAGCUGAGGGGACAAGUAUGCAAGACAAUUUGUUGGACAGGGAGCAGAAAUGUAGCAGGCCACUGGAUCAUCAGAUUACUGACAUUCUGCUGUCUAAGGAUGGCUUGUAUGAAUCACCAAACUUCUCUACAAACUCAAGUCGGUCAAACACUGUUGAAGUUUCGGAGAACCUCCAACGAUGGCGUCCGACCGACAUCCCUUCAAUUGAAGUAGAUGCUGAGAGAUCACCGGCACAGACACAUGAAGUUCACCAGAAGUUUAUUCCAACUGACAGUAACUCCAGUGGAGCUAUUAAGCAUUUGUCAUCUAGCAUACGAUAUGAGAGUCAGCAUCAGAAGAUUACCAAAAAUAAUUCCAGUGCAGUACCUUGUCAGCCUUUGCCUAUGCCAAAGACAGAAGCAGUUGCAAGGAAAUUACAAUCAACUAUUAUAGAAGAUGCUGAAUCUAGGUCCUUGUCCAUGAAAAAUACUUCUGCAAGAAGGCUGCCUUCAAAAGCCAUGGAAGUUGAAGAGCAUCAAAAUACUCAGCCACGUGGUAGUGUUUGGGAUAGAAUAGGCAAGCCAUGUAAAGAAGGUGAUCCUUUAAGGGAAAAGAGAAACUGUAAUGGAGAAGAGCUUCAAAAUAUUAGAUCAAUUGAGCCAGAUGCAAGAUUGAGUUCUACUCUAACUGGUAGGUUGGUUGCACCUGAUGAAGUUUGUGGCAGGACCAUUUCCAACCACCAUUCUGAUAGGAACGGUAAACAGGAGUGGAAUUCCCAUACAUUGCACGCUCCUGAUCAUGGGGAUAAAUCCAAACGCAAAAGACAAUAUGAUCAGAUUGAUUCUGGGAACAGUUCUUCAUCUUUUUCUGGGUGCAAGGAGAAUCAUCUCCAAGAUAAAGAAGCAUUUCCAAAGUUGCAAAGAUCAUUACCUGUUAAACAUAACUGUUUGCAAAGCUUAAAUAAGUCUACAGCUGAAGCUAAAGGUUUAACAAUGAUGUUUUCUGAGCCAGCAUGCCAUUCAGCAGAAUCCUCAAGACCAGAGCCUCAUCUACAGUCCAAUACAGUAUCUCAAUCUCUGUUGGAUAAAAGGGCUUUACGAACCACUCUUAUGCAGAAUCUGGUUCCAGCUAACAAUCCAGCACCAACCCAAUCUGAAUCCCUCAGCAAUUCAGAACAUGGAAAUGGCAACAGUAGGCCUAUGGAAAAUGAAAUGUUGAAUGUGAAAUUAAAACUGCACCAAGUUGAGAUGGAUAUGCUUAAGCUCCGUUCGAAGCAGGUGGAGAUGAACAACGGAAAACUCAAUGCAUCAUCAGGUGUUCAAGAUAAUCCAGAGGAAGAUAUAGAGUUAAGGACUGUUCUUGUGACCAAUGUGCAUUUUGCAGCAUCAAGAGAAGCAUUGUUAUCACAUUUCACAAAGUGUGGGACAAUUGUCAAAGUUGUCAUGCUAACUGACACAAUAACUGGUCAACCAAAAGGGGCGGCAUACAUUGUUUUUGCUAGCAAGGAUUCAGUGGACAAGGCACUAUCUUUGACUGGGACUUCAUUCUUCUCUCGGAAGCUGAUGGUGAUGCGAAAAGCAGACAUUCCCCCAGGAUUCUUGGUGCCAGCCCAGCCAGCUGGAAAACAUCUUCAACCAUGGAACACCCAGCUUCCCAAGAAGACACCCAUCCAAAGACAUAAUAUGAGCUCCAAUCUCCAAUGGAGACGUGACCAGUCAGCAAGUAGGGAGAACUCCAUACCUGCCACUAAUGGAUUUGGAUCAUCCAAUGUUGGCAAGUAAUCCGUCAUCAGCUUUAUCUGGAGCCCUUGCAUAAAAAAACAUGACAGUUCUAUAGAUUCAAAUAUGAGUUGACAGAGGAUGUUAGAUUCAUAUUAGUAUGAUUUUAUGCAGCUUCAGUACCUCUGUGAUUUUAAGAUUGCAACAAAUGGUCACAGGAUCGCAGCAUUGCUGACCUGAGAGGCACUCCAACACCAUCCUAUGCUGCCUCAAUCCCCACAUUAUCUGGUUGCAGAUCAUGAUCCCAUGUCUGCUUCUUUUUAUUUUUUCCCCCCUUCUGAUCAAGAUCAGAGUUCUCGUGGAGUGAUGUAGAUCUCUCUAGGCUCCCGAUCCUAAUUUGAACUAUGCCGGACACUUUAUUAUCUGGAUCUAUCUGCUUCACUUGGCAAGGUGCUGUCACUAUACGUGGGGAUUAGAGCAGACCUCCCAUGUUCUUAAGGUCCCAGCCAUGUCGAACUAUGUUUUUUCUUGCUUGACUGUACGUAAUUCAUUUUCAUAAUGUCUUGGAUAGGUUCACGCAAAUGUUCAGAUGAACUACUGGAAUAUACUCUCAGUUAAAAUGAAGAUAGCAUGUAAUUACUAAUUA